AUGGAUAUGGAGUCCAAGCAGCAUUUUGAGAAGAGAGAGGUGAGACAUGGAGGAUUCGGAUCUAGACUCAAGGAUUCAAUAUAUCUCGGCAAAAAGAACAAGCACAAGAACGAUCUUGAAACGAAGAAGGAACCUCCAAAGCAUUCUUGUGAUCCACUGGCAACUGGGGUCAGUGAUGAAACAAGGGAAACUUUCAACGACAUUCCUGACAAAAAUUCAGAACAGGUAGAGUCCAGACGACUUGAGGACAAAGGGGUGGCGUCAGGAGGAUUGAGAGUGAAAGUGAUGGAUUCCAAAGAUCAUGCCAAGGACAAGGAGGAACCUAAGAAGAAGAAGGUGUCAUUCACAUCUUCUGGUCCACAUGGAGUAGAGGUCACCGAAGAAAUUGCGGAAUCGUUCGACGAAAUCACAGAUAACAAUGAAAUACAGAUGGGGUCUAGUCCUCAAGUUGAGGAAAUAGCGAUGAGACCGUGGGGAUUGGGACUGAGAGCGACUGAUUCAAUUGUUCUCACCAGAAAGGUGAAGAAGGAGCCAAUCAAACCUUUCAGAGAUCCACUUUAACGAACUUUCUGGCUCUCUUGGUCUCAGAUACCUGUGGUAUCAAUCCUCAUGAAGACAUUCACCAAAAUGCAUAUACCAAUACACAUAUACCAGAAUUUAAGCC